UCUUUCAUCCCCCCGUCGAAAGCACGGCGGCUUCCCAUAUAUAUAAGGGGUCCCUCGGUAUCGUCACACUUCGCAUCAUUACCGCCGUAACGUGCCAGCCACUCAAUCCCCGCUCGUCUCUCGUCACCUGUGACUAACGCUCAAGAAUUCGAAUCCGAGGACAGAGGUGACCAUGUACGCUAAACGUUGCGCAACUUUCACUCUCUUCGUCGUGAUAGUCGUGAUAGUCGGCCUUGUGAACGCCACUGAAAAUUAUAUGGAUUACGGAGAAGAAAUACCAGAGAAAACGCCGGCGGAGAACAUCCACGAAUUGUACAGGCUCCUGUUGCAACGCAAUACCUUGGACAACGGCUUCGGCGGCAUCCCUCCGCAGCAAUUGAUGCUCCGGAAGUCGCUGCGAUCGGCUUUGGCUGCGGGACAUCUUCGGUACGGUCGUUCUGGACCACACAUCUCUGGCAUGCACUUUCCUACUAACGUAGGAAAUGAGCAAACUACAUUUUGCAGUUAUACGAUGUCGACGUACCAGUGUUGCGUUAUGUGUUCGCUGAAAAUAGGCGAGAGCUUUGUCGAGACCCUUGGCUGCGGCGGGAUACGACGACAACAAUUAAUCGGUGGUGCUGAUCCAGGAACAUCUUUCCGAUUUGUUUCUUGAUGAAAACGCGCGACUACCCUCUCUCUUGUACAGUAUAAUUUAUGUCUAAUUUAUUAUCAUAGCGUUCCUUGUCUUAAGCGCGCGCUUCUCAGACCGACGAGGAAAGAAACGUCUUCGAAAUUUUCGUGUCUCUUAUUCUCUCUAAAAAAAAAGCGGUGCGGUAAAAACGAUUUUGUCCUAGUUCAGUCAUGAUCUGUGUAAUCGAGGCGAUUGACUGAUCGACGUGAAGAGAAACCGAGUUCACCAUUGUUUGCACGCUUCAUUUCUGCGCGCGUUAAUCCGGAGCGACGCGACGCGUUCCUAGAACGACAAUUUUAUUUUUUCACAUGGCAAUCGAUUCUUUCGCUCUGUAUGAGAUUUUGCUGGAUUCAUAACAUGCUGUUCAACUUAAGAAAAAUAACGUGUUUUAUAAGAUCCUUUCUGCGCUCGCUAUUUUAUCUCGUUGCCAUUUCCACUAAUUAGUUGCAGUGUUGUAAAAGGACACUUGGCCUAAGUCCUUCAUACGAUGUGGGAUAACAAUUUAAACGCUUCAAUUGCUACGCACGUAUUUUCUUUAACGUAUUUAACGUACGAAUUUCCUUUUUGUUUAAUUACGUGCAUCAGAGAGACAUAGAAACUACUUUGCGCCCCAUGCGUUAUUAAGCAGUACAGCGAGUGUCCCAGACUUUCAAAGUGAUUUGUCAACGACGCACUGAGAAGUGCUGAAUUUUUUUUCUUUGAGUAAAAUUAAAACGCUUUUUAAAUUUAUUAUUAGCAUUUAAUAUUUCAACAGUUUUAUUUUAAAAAUAAUAUGUGAUUAUGUAUCACACUAGUUAAUGUAACGCAAUCCAUUGGUUAUUUUAAAUCUUAAUUUUCUCUUUUUUUAUUAAUUUUUUUUAUAAUUAAUUUUCUCUAGAAUAAUCUUUGCAAAGACAAGAAAUUUGUUAUAAAUUUGAUCUAAAAGAUUAUUUCUGGUCAUAAUUCCGAGGUAUGUUAUAAUUUUCAACAGCUGGCCUGUUGAAAGUUUGGUCCAUCAAUUGAUUAAUAGACGUAGUUUUACGAUAAAUGUGCCAAAUAAUAUUGUUGUAUUAUAAAAAGAAAACAUCUACAUCAUUUAUGAUGUAUAAGUGGCACCCAAUCGCUUACGUCGCCAAUUGGCCAAAUACGAAGUAAAAUUUUCUGAUUGGUUAAUUCAGCGAAAAAACCCUAAGCAUCGAUAAUUGUGAGUGGCUAUGAAUUAAACGCAAUGUGGUCAAAUAGAACGUUCUCAUAAUGUAUACAUAUAUAUUGGAAACUAUAUGAUAUAACAAUUUAAAAUUUUCAUGCGUAAUGGGCAUCGAUCGCAAAACUUUGAUGCAAAAUGUGGAUUGUUCAUCGAUAUUAGUUAUUCGCCACAAAAAGAGAGUCGCGUCUCAAGUAUGUCGAUAUGUCAAUUUGCAAAAUUAAAAAUAAAUUAUUAUGUAA